UCCAUUUCUCUUCACAAACAGACCAUACAUAGCUAGUUGCUCCACAUACCUAUAAACCCCCCAAAAGAAAAAAAAAUAUGGAAAUGGAAGUUGGAAGCAUAAAGAAGAAGCAAGAGAUGGAAAUAUUUCAUGUGUUUCAUAAGGUUCCUUCAGGUGAUGGCCCUUAUGUUCGAGCCAAGCACGCUCAGCUAGUUAUGAAGGACCCAGAAGGAUCAAUAAUAUGGUUUUGGGAAGCCAUAAAAACAAGGGACAGAGUAGACAGUGCACUAAAGGACAUGGCAGUUGUGAUGAAGCAAUUGGAUAGAUGUGAAGAAGCCAUUGAAGCUAUCAAGUCUUUUAGAUGGCUUUGCUCUAAACAUGCUCAACACUCCCUUGAUAAUGUCCUCCUCGAUCUGUUCAAGAAAUGCGGAAAAGUAGACGAACAAAUAGUGUUAUUAAAGCAAAAACUGAGGCAGGUAUACGAAGGGAAGCUGUUCAAUGGUAGGCCUAUUAAAAUUGCCAGAUCUCAUGGAAAGAAGAUUCAAGUUACUAUCGGCCAAGAGACUGCCAGAGUUCUGGGUAAUUUGGGCUGGGCUUAUAUGCAAAAAGGAAAUUUUAUGGCGGCAGAAGUGGUGUUGAAGAAAGCCCAAAUGAUUUAUGCAGACAGCAACAAGGCUUGCAACCUGGCCCAUUGCUUGAUCAAGGAAGCCCGAUUUGAUGAGGCCCGUUAUAUUCUCGAAGAUGUUUGGAGAGGUAAAUAUUCAGGUUCUGAUGAUACAAAAAUAAGGAAUCGAGUUGAGGAAUUGUUGUUGGAAUUGGACUUGAAACAACCUCCACCCUUCUUGAAAAAUAUACCGGGCCUUGAUUUGGAUGAUGAUUUUGUAAAUGGGUUUGAACAAUUGAUUAAUGAAUGGGCCCGGCCCAAAUCAAGAAGACUACCAAUAUUUGAGGAAAUUUCUACAUUCAAGGAUCAAUUGGCCUGUUGAUUGAUUUCUGUUUUGAAGAUUUGGGUUUAGGGUUCAGUAUGGUUCAGAUGUUAAUAGUCCAAAUUAGAUGUAUGUAAAAUAUGUCCUAUAAUAUGUAUAAAUUGUAAUGUAAAUUAAAUUUGUAAUGUAAAUUAAAUUUUGGGACACAUUUUGGGGAAUGAAUCUACUCAGCUUACUUGAAUGAGCGUGUACCUUUUAUUUUUUCUAGGGAAAUGGUACAAAUAUAUCUCUCUAACUUUGCGAUU